AUGACAGGCGAACCUCCAUUAGCACAACAACAACGUGCAGUGGUGGAACUUUAUGUACGUUCAAAAUGGAUAAAAGCAAGUUUAGCACUUGAAGAUGAAAACUUAUUUAUUGAAUAUGCACAUAAUAAACAUGAACAACAGACAUCAACUGGAUCUGUUAAUUCUCCUACUAUUACUGAUGAACCAAUACAAAAUAAUAAUUCAACAAAUAAUAAUAAUAAUUCAACACCUGAUACAAUUACAAGUCAAAAACGAAUUGUUAAAAUUGUCAAACCAGAUAAUACAGGACUCGGUAUAAGUAUAAAAGGUGGACGAGAAAAUCGAAUGCCAAUUUUAAUAAGUAAAAUCUUUCCUAAUAUGCCUGCUGAUCAAACUGGUCAACUUUAUGUUGGUGAUGCUAUACUAUCUGUAAAUGGAAAAGAUUUACAACAUGUUUCACAUGAAGAAGCAGUACAAAUAUUAAAAAAAGCUGGACGAGAUGUUGAACUUGAAGGUUUGUUUUAAAAACCAAAAAACUAUCUAAUUUAAUUUUUCUUUUUGACAUCGAUGUUAUGAUUAGUGAACAGGAAUUCCGGAGAUUUUGUUCUCCAUUGUAAUUCAAUGACUAAGACGGAUGGACAAUCUAACCUACAUUUCCGGUGACAUAGAUGUACUCGAAAUUUCUUUCUUUUUUUUUUUGAUCAUUGAAAAAUUAAUACUCCAUAGAGGAAAUAGCAUGCUUUAUAGAUCUUGAAAACGGUGAAGGACUUCUUUUAUUUUUUCUAUCAAGCUUUCUAUUUCCUGUAUCAUGUUUGCAGUUCAGUCAAAAGAAAAGACGAAGAAUAAAUAAAUAAAUAGUAUUGUUUAUGUUGAGAACUUGUUGAAAAGAAAUUCAUAAAAUAGACAAUUAGAAAAUAUGAAUUUUUAAGUGAAAAAUUUGUUUGUUUUUUGUGUAUAUAUAUAUAUAUCAAACGUUCGUGAUAAAAAUAUCAUAUUGCAAUAAACAAGAACAAUCGAUCUGAUAGUCAGAUGUUAUCGGAUCCUAGAAGAAUCUGAUGGUAAUUUUAUGUUUUCAUCGCAAACUGAAUUAUAUAUUCUAUUAGUUAAUUAUUUGAUCAGUAUCAAUCAUAGGAAAACAUGAAAUAUUUUAUUAACGAAAUAAUUUGAUCUUAUCAGAUGUGAUUUUUCGUAGAAAUGAGUUUUUAAAGUUUGUUAUAUCGAAUAAUGAAGCGUAAAAAUUGAUAUUUUCAUCAAAAGAAAGGUUAUUCAUUAGAACUUUUUACGUCAGAGAUGUGUAUUGGAAAAGGUCAAGAUUAGAUAAUCAUUAUUAUUUGUAUACCGGAAAACGCUAAGAAUAUUUCAAAGUUAGUUUAACAAUGUCUGAAGAAGAUCAAAGCAAUCACACUUGACUAUUCAAAGAUCAUAUUCUGAAUAGCAGAGUAAACACUACAAAUCAAUUCUAUUCUUAUGAUUUUGUUU